UUCUAAUUUUCCAUUUUUCAUUGUUUCUCAGUAUAUCAUAAUGGAUGUUUCAUCUAUAGCAGACGCAACAAAUAACUUGAUAGUAUAUCUGGCAACAAUCAUAGAGAUUGCUCAUUAUACUCUGGUAAUUUACGGAGUACGGAAUGACUGGGAUGUCAACAAGGCAAGGAAACAGCCAGUUGCUACAUGGUUGAUGUCGAUAGCUUGUUGCUACGGUGGAGGGAUGAUCAUAAGUGUUUGUGUAGGAAAACCUGCUCUGACUCCUCUAUCCAAUAAUCAGUCAGUUCUCAUGAUGACAAUAGUAUGGUGGCACAUCUUCUACUCUCCCAAAGAUGUCAUUUAUAAUUUAUUGUCAUGGAAACCAGCGAUGUUAGUGAUUGUUCUGGGAAAAGAAAUGAUUCGAACAAGAAAAAUUAUAAAAGGAGUGAAACUUGGUCGUGGAGCUUUCCCUGACUCUCUCUUGAUCUGUACUAUUCUUGGAAUGUUUGGAGCCUGCGGAGGGGGGUUCGUCAAAAAUGCUUCAACGUUUGUGAGGAAACAAUGGAAUCAUGAGACCGUGAAAUCUAUUCAUUUGGCGACAGUAACAAAGCUCAGUCUUCUGUUCUCACUAUUUUACAAUUUACAACAUCUAGGAAUGCUGCCGAUCUCAUUCAACACUGUUGUUCUUCUACAACUAACUGUGAUGUUCCUGAUAUCGGCUUCUUCCAAGUUUGGCGUCAACUUUGAUCCGUUCCAUCGAAUUGAGAGAAUUAUCACAAGUUGUGUGAUAGAUUAUUCUGCGUAUGGGGGAGCUGAGGAGGAAAAAUCCCCUCAGAAAAAAGCCGGGGAGGAAAAAUCCCCUGAGAAGAAAAAAGAUUCUUUGAAAAAGAAAGAAUAAGUCCAUAGGUUUUCAAAUUUAACUUACUUCCUGUAAUGCAUCGGAUUAUCUGUUUAAUUUAAAUCAGGGUAUUUUUUCCGAUAUUGAAACUUGUAUUUCCCUCUUUCAACGUUAAUUUUAACAGUUUUUAUAAUUCUGUAUUACAAAUCCCCACGCAUUGCAUUAAUGCAAUUUAUGAUUGUGUGACUGUAUUAUAAAUAUUAAAUUCUAUAUUAUUAUAACGCAGCUAAAAUUUUAACAUAGUCUUCCCUCUCUCAAUGUUAAUUUUGUUAAUUUAUUUCAUUUUUUAAAACAAAUAUUUUUCAUUUAAAUGAGUUUAAAUUGAACGAUGCAAUAGUCUUGUGGAAAACUAGUCAUUUGGGAACCACUGACAUAUAUUACAAUCAAUUGUUUCAAAUACUUUAGUGCAGCGUUUCUCAAACUGUGUUCUAUUUCACAUGCUUUCUGAAAUUGUUCUGCAGAACAGGGACGAAAUUGGUCGCCAUAGCGAUCUCGGCCUUACUUCGGCGAUAAAUUUUUCUCCCAACUGGUGACAAACAGUUGAACAGACCUUGCUAUCUGGGAAGUCCGGGAAGAUAUGCAUUUUACCAUAUUCAAUCAUCGUCUAAUAGCUGUAAUAAGCCUAUGCUGAUUAUUGAGUCGAAAUAAACUUAUACUAGUCUCGUAGUGGCCAGUCUUUGAAAGAAAGUAAACAUGAGGAACCCGAUACCCGAAUCCAUGUUUGUGCAUAGACUGUCAAGGGCUGUUGGUAUUUUAAUCAGGCUCAAAAAUUAUGUGCCAUUGAGUGUUUUA